AUGCCGUUUGCCAUCUCAGCAUCUUCUGUUAUUGGGUUGACGGUUGGAUAUCGGCAUAUUGAUUGUGCCGCAUUUUAUUGCAAUGAGAAGGAGAUUGGGUCAGCUUUAAAGACGCUGUUUGAUGAUGGUCUAGUUAAGCGUGAGGACUUAUGGAUCACCUCCAAACUCUGGUGUACUGAUCACGUGCCAGAAGAUGUACCAAAGGCAUUAGAUAAAACUUCACAGGACUUGCAACUUGACUAUGGGGAUCUGUAUCUAAUCCACUGGCCAGUUAGCAUGAAAAAGGGGUCCGUUGGCAACAAACCUGAAAAUCUUACCCAACCUGACAUUCCGGGUACAUGGAAAGCAAUGGAGGCACUCUAUGAUUCUGGGAAGGCUCGAGCUAUUGGAGUUAGCAAUUUCUCUUCAAAGAAACUUGGGGAUCUGUUGGAGAUAGCACGUGUGCCUCCAGCUGUUAACCAAGUGGAGUGCCACCCCGUUUGGCAGCAGCCAAAACUACAUACAUUUUGUAAAGCUACAGGAGUUCACCUGUCUGGAUAUGCACCAUUGGGUUCCCCUGGUAGUACGGCUGCUAUCAAUAACGAGAUCCUUAAGAAUCCAAUUCUCCUCACAGUUGCAGAGAAAUUGGGGAAAACUUCUGCACAAGUGGCUCUUCGUUGGGGGGUGCAAAUGGGUCAUAGUGUACUGCCUAAGAGCAGAAAUGAGGCGAGGAUCAAGGAAAAUUUAGAUGUUUUUGACUGGUCAAUACCUGAAGAUUUGUUUGCCAAGCUUUCUGAAAUUAAGCAGGAGAGGCUAAUUAAGGGUACUGUAUAUGCUCAUGAAACCUUUGGUGCCUACAAGACAAUUGAAGAACUCUGGGAUGGCGAAUUGUGAGCAAGCAUCAGAUGUUAAUUUCAGGCAUUGCUGCUUUUCUUUAAAUUUCCUUUUAUCCAGUUUGAUCCAAACUAAUUGAUUUUCAAUACUUUCUACCUGGUGGUGACCAUAGUCAGGGACCAAAUUGUUUCUGCCAGAUAAACUCGAAGUAAAUAAAAGAGCAUUUGCUGAGUAUGUCAGGUUGAGAAGUGAGUUGUGGCUAUUUUUAUUGAGAAAGGGUGAAACUAAAAAUUUGUAGUACCACUGUCAGAUACUGUUUUGAAUUGCAUCCAAAUUUCCAAAAUCAAUGACACGCCGAUUUUCUUGUCAUUGUUAAUCGACAUUGGUGGAAGUUUUACAAGAUCCAUCACUGUGGCCUACUUGUCUCAUGUGCCAAAUGCAACUUUUGAUAGUUGUUAGUGUUUCCAUAUUCUGUACCAAGUAUUUUCAUAAUUUCUUGCUACUAACAUUCAUAUAUUUGUAAUUUGUGGGUUGCAUUGUAUUUGAGU